AUGCUAACGCUCCCUUAUGGGCUGAGUCAUACUGGGCUAGUUUGGGGCGUGAUUAUUCUGUUAUCAAGCUAUGCCGUGUCUGUGCUAAGUUGCAUAGUAAUUUACGAUGUUGCGUGCUACGCAUCAUGGCGAGAUAAGACUCCCCCUGCUCCAUCCUACGGCUAUCUCGUCCAUCAACUUUUGAAUAGAAAGUGGUCUCUUCUACUUGAUCUAGCACUAGUUAUCUCUGGUUUCGGAGCGGCGGUAUCAUUUCUCAUCUUUCUCGGUGACUUUGUUCCAACGGCAUUGAAGGGAAUUAUUGCUGAAGAUUCGACCUUCUUCUUUCUUACUGAACGAUCUCCUGUUAUUUUAUUUGCUUCUUUACUUUGCACAAUACUCUCGACAACCGACAAUGGCGUGAACGAUGCGUUUCUGUCUGCGAUUCCGAUACUGGGAUUCGGUUGGUGUUUGAUAGCACUGGUGUACCGUUACUUCGUUCCAUACCAAGACGUGGUGAAGGUGCCAGUGUCGCUGGCGACCUUAUGGCAAAUUCCGGUGAGUCGACAGGCGCUGCCGGAUGCGAAUCUGUUCUUGUUUGCCUUCAUGAUGCAGGCUAAUGUAUUGCCCACCUUUGCAGCCAUGUCCCCUGUGGCCCCGGGAGAUGCGAUGGCUUUAGCGUUGUUAGAGAAUACCAUCACCCUCGACGACGAUGCUCUGGACCAAGGAGUGGAAGGGGGAAAGUGUCCCGUUGACGGGUACGGGACAACGGGUCAAGCAGUGGCCAAAUCCGGUCAUACUCUGGCUUUCACUUCAUGUGCGGCGAACCCAUUGUGUGCGAGUGCUUCACAUUCAUACAAUCGACGGCUGGGAACUCUGUCACGGAAGACGUUGUUGCGUUCCCUAGCUACAUCGCACACACUAACACUGUUGUAUUACAUAGCGUUGUCUUCGGUCGGUGUCUUGUUGGUCAUGCAGCAGGGACAUCCUAUGUUGCAAAACUUUACCCGUUCCCUAUCCCAGACAGACCCGGUAUUUGUGACUCUCCGCGCGUUAAUGAUUAUUUGUCUUAUUGUCCUAUCACCCUACCUCUUCUCAGCCGUCGCCAAUGGCUGCAUGAACCUCGUAGCUAUCUGUCGAAACAAACCAAUGGUCGCCGAAGGCUUCGGCAGCUUCCCUCAACGCCUCGCCUACUCAUUCGGUCUCGUCUCCGCUGGCGCCCUAGUCGCUCUCCAUACCGACCGAGUCGCCACCGUGCUCACAGUCUUUGGCGGCUGGGGAGCCACCAUCCUCAUGUGCACUUUCCCCGCCGUACUACUCUGGCACACACACCACGAUUAUCGCAGACAAAACGUCCACUGGAAAAGCAACGCUCUCGUUCCAGACGUCUUCUCGGAACGCUGCGGCGACCAAGUACCACGACCACAUCCCAGCCAGGACAAUGGCGGAUUCCAGCAAAGUGGAUUCCAGCAAAGUGGAUUCCAACAAAGUGGAUUUCAACAAGGUGGAUUUCAACAAGGUGGAUUCCAACAAGGUGUGCUUGAUCAAAGUGGGCUAGGUGGGGUCGAACUUACACAUGACUAUGCCGGCCAAGCUCAGGCUCCCACAACCUUUGCGCGUUACAGCCAACUGCGCAACUGCGAUGCCACUGGAGCGCUAUGUACGGAAGCGCAGAGCGACUACUCGCUAGUCGCACGGACCCUCCCUCCGUCUGACCGCCCCCUGACUCUCUGGGAGUGGGGCCUCAUAGGCUACUUCGCUCUCACUACCGUAAUAGGGUUUGUCGCAGCUGCUGUGCCUUACUGGCUCAAUGUCUAG